CGCCAAAGGAAUGACUGCAGAGAUCAAACACUGGGCACAAACCAACGUGUGUCUCUCUGAAGACGAUAGUCAGGGCUGAAAAGCCUCAGUCUUGUGCUGUGCUAUGUGGGGAGUGGAUUCAGACUGUGAGCUCAGGCCUUCCUUGGCAAGCACUUUACUAUGCUUCUGCCUGGCCACAGGAGCCCCAGAACAAGAAGCCAGCUCACGUUCUGCACCUAAGGCUAGGCAGUUUACCGUGACUCUAGUGUGUGCUAACGUUGGCUUUCCCAUGACCUCAGUGCACUCUGUGUGGACCAGAAUGUUGACAAGCUGACGGGUCACUUGUCUGGCUGGGUGCUUUGUGAGAUCACUGGCUGGGUGUGUUGUGAUGUCACCCCCAAGCAACCUGAGCCCCUUUGUGAUGUCCUGCAGAUGGAUUAUCAAGGGGCCCUGUGGGCCACACUGCAGUCUCAUGUUUACAUGAACAGAGGACAAGCCAUCACUUAGUAUGGCUUGUGAUCCAAGAAGCUGGGGGCACGGCUUCGAAGCUGCGCCUUUUCCUCCAGAAACAAGGGCUCCUCGGACAGACACAGAGAACCACCGUCACCCAGCAGAUCCUUCCUGUGCCCAGUACUGCCCGGUGUCAGGUGGGAACCACAACUUGAGGUUGCAGCUGGAAGAAACUGCUUUCCAGGCUUUGAACGAAGAGUCUUGGCUCAGAAGGCUGCGCCCUGUCCAUGACAUCCUGCCAGAGGCAGAAGAUAGUCUCCUCUCUCUUCCCUUUCCAAAAAAGCUGUGGAGAAUUGUCAACAGCCACCAGUUUGCAUCAAUUUGGUGGGAUGAUGGUGGGACUGGUAUAGUGAUCAAUGAAAAACUGUUUCAAAAGGAGGUCCUGGAAAGGAACAGCCCCAACAAAGUGUUUGAAACAAAGUGUAUGAAGAGCUUCAUCCGCCAGCUAAACCUCUACGGCUUCAGCAAAAUGCGUCUGGACGGUCACAUGUCGGUC